AAAGAAUAGACAAGGGGUGAGUUGCGAAAGAAUGUUUGCCUCUCUUUGAUCGAUUAUAGGUAUCGCUUGAGGGAAUUGUUAUUAAUUAUACCGAGAACUUGUUCCUUGAAAAUUAAUUCCGGAAUGCGAAUUACGACAGUUCCGCUCUGUAAUCAAAUCUCGGAUGAACGACAACCUUUUCGAUCAUUGUCAAUGUCGAAGGUAAAUUUAUUUUAUUCGUUGAGACGACGAAUCGAUCUUUCCAAAAAAAAAAAAAAACAAAAAGAUUAAAUUAAUCCAUUAAUUUAAUUUAAUUUACUCUUGCACGAAUCGAUUCUUAUUUCUUAUUAAACGAAACAUCGAACGAAACGCUUAUUAUUAAUUUGUACAGGUUAUACACCGCGGUGAUUAUACAGAUGGGAACUCGAUAAUGAUGAUGAUGAUGAUGAUGAUUGCUGUUUUUAAAUAUUACGGGGCGAAUAAUGAUCGUUCCGCGGCCAAGCUCGAAAUGUUUUUCGUGGGCGCAAUUAUCGGCAGAACGAUUUCCUACGUUCGCGCCGCUACAUGACUUUAUUUAGCUUUAGUUUGUUGAAACCGGUUGCAAGCGACUUCUCUCCUCUCUUACUGCAAUACCGAGAGUUCGGUGCUCCGCAUCAUUUAGGGUUCCUCGGGUGGAGGAAGGAAUUUCGCGUUCACCACGCUCCACAGCUUCUUUCGCAUAGAGGUAAUCCUUUUUGGUGUCCUGUUCCUCCUGUAGGAAAGGGAGGCGGGCGGAUGUAAGGAUGCGCUUACGCAGGAAACGGUGCAUGUCCCGGUGACGUUACAGAAACGUUGUAGAAAGAGAGAGAGAGAAAGAGAGAGCGAGAGCGAGCGAGAAAGAGAGAGAGAAAGAAAAAGAGAAGAAAUAGCGUGAAUAACGCGCAUAGGACAGAGAAGGACACGGAAGCGCACGGAUGACGCGAUGAGACUGAGCCCGAUCAUCGUGUCGUGGGCCACGGCGAGUUGGCUCGGUCCAACCGGAACUACGGCGGCGCGGGCCCAAUCGUCCAACGACUACGAGCUGUCCACGGAAUUCUUCCUCGUGCCCGGCCUGGCGGACGUAGCGAUGGACAGGAACGGGCUGGCGAGCGUGGCGAGUGUCAUCAGCGUCCCGGCCCCGAACAGGACCGUUUCGGUGUACAAAAUGCCCCCUGGAAAGAAGAGCCAGACCGAGAUCGAGACCGAUACACGCGCUUACCCGAGGUCCUUGCUCAGGCAACGACCCUGGGCUCUUCCUCUUGCUGCCCUCAGCGCUGCCACCAUGCUCCUCAUGGCUGGCUUCGAGGUUUUCGUACUGCUCAAGGCAAGAGUGACCGCGCCAAAUAGACGACAUUUAUUUUUGGGACAAGCUCUACUUUUAGGCCUUUUCCUACUGGCAGGACUCUCAGCGGCGGCCUCCCUCAGCCAAAAUCCUCUCUCCUGCGCCGCAUUUCGAUUAGUCGGCUUGCCUGCCGCUCUCGUCUUUGCGGCCUUGUUGGUUAAAUGCGUGUUCCUGCUCUCGUUAAAUAGCGGGGUUUAUCUACCGGCACCUUAUCAAGCACUGGUAUUGGGAUUUGCAGUACUCGUGCAGGUGGCUAUCAUUGGGCAAUGGUUUUACGGCGAGCCGCCCAUGGUUAUCCAAGUACAAAAUACUGGACAAAACUUCACCGUGUCCUGUUGCAAAACCCCUCUCGGGCAGAUAGUCGCCUCCCUCGGGUAUCCAGGCGCGUUGCUGGUGGCGGUUGCUUGUUUGGCGGUUCGAGCUCGCGGCGUUCGGGACAACAACCGGGAAGCGGCGUUUAUCGGGCUGGCCGUCGGUUUAUCGCUUCCGAUUUGGAUAUCGAGCGCGAUCGGCUCUGUGGCGGCCUCGACGGAGAGCGACAGGGAGGCUUGGCUCGCCUACGGCUUACUGGCCACUUCCCUCCUCGUGUUCCUGACCAUGUUCCUGCCCAAGGGUCGACAGUUGGCUGCCCUCGGCCGGGAGGCUUCCGCGACGGUGAUUCGUGAUCGGGACGACGCCAUGAGCUCGCUCCCCGGCAGCGGUUACUCGCCCUCCUUCUUCCACUUCAAACCGGCAGAAGCUUCUUUAAAGAGGAAGAUGCACUAUCACAGCGGUGAUCGCGUGGCAUUAGUUUCAUCCGCUAUACCUGGUUGUACUGCUUGCAGGCACGGUGGAAGCCCCAUAUACUCGGAUGAUGUUCACAGUCCGAUGGAAACGUUCGUCUUACCACCACCAGGCAUGUACUUAAGACCAGAAGACGCGGGAAAUUUGUACACUACUCUAUCAGCAAAUCCCAAUGUAUUUUUUCAGCGAGCAGCUCAUCCCGGGAUGAUGUAUUGAUAAAUGCUUUCAAAUAAAAAUCCCUAAAUUUGACGAAAGAAUUGCUUCUUUUUAUAUUCUUAAAUUUUUAAAAGAUAACAAUGAAACAAUGGAUUUUAUUUUCUGUUCGCUUAUCUUGUUAUUGUAAAUAACAAGAUGUUCGAAUAUUGUCCGAGAUUUAUUAUUUUAUUAUAAAAAUAAUGCUCGAUUAU